CCAAGCCCGUUAUCUUCAGUCCCUAAUCGCCAUGCUCCUCGUCAUCUCCUCCGUUCUCCUCCCGCCUCCUCGUCCCUCCACUCCCAAGACCCUAACCCUAACCCCAACCCCAACCCCAACCCCCAAUUUCAAUCUCAAUCGAAGACAAUCGAUAACUCUAACCAUCUCCUCUUCAAUCUCUCUCCUCCUCUUCUCUCCACCACUCACUCUCGCCGCCGCCCCUCCUCCUACCCCCACCGCCGCCGGCGCCUUCUCCGAUCUAGAGGGCUCCGGAGGCGUCAAGUUCCUGGAUCUGCGGCCCGGCGACGGGCCAUCACCUGCUGAUGGUGACCAGGUUGCAAUCCAUUAUUAUGGAAGGUUAGCGGCGAAACAAGGGUGGCGGUUUGACUCAACUUACGAGCACAAGGAUGAAAUGGGUGAUCCUGUUCCUUUUGUAUUUGUCCUUGGGUCUGGUAAGGUUAUUUCAGGCAUUGAAGCCGCAGUGAAGUCAAUGAAGGCGGGAGGCAUUCGUCGUGUCAUUAUUCCGCCAUCACAAGGAUAUCAGAACACAUCACAAGAGCCUAUACCUCCUAAUUUCUUUGAUCGCCAGAGAUUGUUCACCACAAUUUUCAAUCCAACUCGUCUGGCUAAUGGGGAAGGCUCUACUCUCGGUACUCUCAUCUUUGACGUUGAGCUCGUUAGCCUGGGACACCUAUGAACUGUAGCAAGUUUUCUGAAAUGUUGAAGGAUUUCUGAAAUGUUGAAUAUCUGUACGCGUCUCUGUAACGGAGAAGCUCCUGCAAGCACAAAUCUGGAUAUCUUGACCAAGCAUAAUUUACUCAAUUGCGGAGAUCUUCUAGAUAUUGAUCUAUUAUGAUGUAUUGAAGUUGUGAAGCAAAACAAUUUGUAGUUCUCCCAAUAGCAAACAGACUGCAAAUUAUCUUGCUCUUGUUGGAGGGGGGGAAAUCCCAUGUAAAAAUUUACAACCCUGUAACUAUGUAUUGCACAAAGUUGGAAUAGUGAAAAUAUAUAGUCAUACUGUCAUAGGGUCUGAAAACUGCAACUUUUCCAAUUUGUUCCAUAUAUUUGAAGUGUGCUCA